AGACUCGAUUUUGCCAUGAAGGAGAUCAUCUUUGACCUGCUGUGUGUUGGGAAGCCUGCCAAAGCUUUCAGUCUCAACCCAGAGCGUAUGAACAUAGGUCUGAGGGCCUUCCUGGUGAUAGCUGAUGCCCUGCAGCAGAAGGACGGGGAGCCUCCCAUGCCCAACACUGGAGCCACUCUGCCCUCUGGAAACUCUCUGAAGAAGAAGAAGACAUACCUCAGCAAGACGCUCACUGAGGACGAAGCCCAACUCAUAGGUGUGUGUCCUGCUGUCCACAUGGACGACGAGCCUCGCCUCCUCUCCCAGAAUUCCUUGCAGAGCCUGCUGCUUGGACUUCUCUGA